AAUAAUUAAAUUUAAAGAUGAAUAAACAUCUUAUUUUGAUCCUCCUAGUACCUUUGCUAGUUUUAGCAGAGGAUUAUGACAUUGUCAAAGUUGGAAUGAAUGCUAAAUAUACCAAAAAGGCAUUACAGCAAUUUCUUGUGUACCCUCCUCUAAACAUUAAUAUUGAUAAGGCAGACGAUAGAAAAUUAUUGAUGAGCACUACAAACAUAAUGAUGGAUUCUCCACAUCCGGAUGAUAUCGAAUUUGAUUUUGAUCAGGAAGAUGAACUUAUUACUGUUAAGAUAAAAAAUCAACAUUUUAACUUCAGCUCUUUGAUUACUUUUAAAAAGGCUUUCUUUACAUUCAAUGGAAAUGCUCAAUCAGCCGGAAUAAUUGAUGAAAUAUAUUUGACCUUUGACUUGACUACUCAAAAAGGACAAUACACUAAUACUCCUGUUGUCGAUAUCACAGAAAUAGAUUUUGAUUUUAACUAUAAAGAUUUGAAAUUGUCCCUUUCAUCUAAAAUCCUUAACACCUUAUUAACACCAAUCAAAGGACUUCUGAAGAAGUCAAUUAAGAAAUCAUUAUUCAAAAUUAUAAGAUACAGGCUAGAAAAGAGUAUCUUUCAGCAAAUGAAUGAAGAGUUAACAAGAGUCAGUGGAAGGUUCAUGAUUGAUGACGGUGUAUUAGUUGACUUAGAUGCUCUUGACGGCAUCUGCAUCAAGGAUGAUACUCUUAUUCUUCCUUAUGAAGUUACUUACUACCUCCCUAAAGGAUUAAACACUACCGAACAAGUGGAAGAAGAGUGCGGGUCAGACUGUGGACACGAAGAGCAUUCUGAGAUAGAGACAGAACAAGAAUCUGAAGAAACUGAAGAAACUGAAGAGGAUGAAUUCAAAUUUUUCCUGGUAGACCAAUGCGUAGAAAAUAAUAAACUUAUUAAGUUCUGCUUUGGUCGUUCAAAUGAAGAGCAACAAGUUGAGGAAUUAGACGAUAACUUCACAAGAACCAAAAAGUAUUUCUUGACUACUCUUACAUCCAUUUACAAUGAUUCUGCAAUUGGUUUUGAAAAUGAAGAGUAAAAGGGAUUCUUUAACUAUCAAAUGGCAAUAAAGAAUUCUGCCUCUAUCCAGAGAUUAUGCUUGUACUAAGUAUAUAUCAGAGGAGAAAAGCCAAGAAUUAAUUGCUAUUAAGUCAAGAAUUUC